AUGUGGGAGGGUCGGAUUGGUGAAAAAAGAGACCAGGGUGUGACCAGCAUCAACAACUCACUCUGCUCCAUUCAUCAGCUAGAUGCUUCGAACAUUUGCAAGGCAGUAGGCAGGCCCCUGCUCGACUCACUCUCUUUUUCCGCUCCGUCCUCCGAUUCGCCUCGCCCAUCAUGUCCGCUUCUCCGGCCGCCUCGAAUCCCUCCUUCUCGAUGUCGGCCUACAUGGUCCCCCUCCACCCAAAACCCAUCCUCGUCCGCCUCCGACGACGAUGUGGCCUCCCUGCCUUCAGAAGCCACAACAGACUCAGAUUUGGAUACUUUGUCCGAUGACUUCUCCGAUGCGGAGGCCGAGUGGAGAGAAAGCCUGGAUCAGUUGGAAUUGCUGUUGACUAUGGUCCUGGUACCUUUCGUGGGGAAGUACCUGGGGCGUCGGUGUGCAUAUUGGGGUAAGCAGUCCUGGCCACAAUUCCUUGUCAUCUCGCAUACUAAUCAGCCGAUUCGAUCUCAGGUUGGACGAGGUACAUGGAAUGGAAAUACCCUGUUGAAGUGGUCAUCAGAAGCCCCGGGGCCUUCAGAGGUGCUGGGGUCAUUGAAGCUGCUGCCACUCUAUGAUGGGAGGCUUAACACGAAAUAUACGCUCUAG